UCUCGAGAGAAAUUCUUUCAACAAUGAUUAACGACGAGGAGGAAGAAUGUUCUUAUUCAUCAUCAGACGAAUCAUCACAAAUUGUUUCCUUAGAAAAUCGGUUACAAUUAGAAUCUGAAUGGUUUCAGAAAGCCAGGGCUUCGUCUACUAUUGAACAGCUCCGUUAUUUGCUAGCUGAUUGUUGUCGUCGUUUAAAUGCCCAACACAAAUGUUCAGACCCAACAUUAGCUUCAGAACCUCGAGCAAAACCUUCAACUGAACGUUUUCAAUUGUCUUCAAAAGUUGUUCCUCCACAAGAAAGCAAUUUAACUGCUUUGGUUAUUCUAGCUGGAGAUAGUGUUGUACAAGCUGAGGUCUCUCUAAAGUAUGCAAAAAGUGCUUCUGGAUUUUAUCGAGCAACCGCCCAGCCAGAUGUCCAUUGGAAAAUUCAACAACUUCAAGAUGCUGCCAAUACAAUUGUGAGGGCUUUGGGCUCAUUAUAUCGAGGACAACGUUUAUAUGCAGAAGCAAUACAGAAAGGAGCAGAUACCAGCCAACUUUUACUUCAAAUUUUCCAGUCUGUUAAAAAUGAUAUUAAACUUUCCCGGUCUUCUUUGACAACCCCAAAAAAGAAAUCCUUAACGGAGCUUUGUAAUUUCCAUCCAAUAAAAUCAUUCGUGCCUCCUUUGCCUCACGAUAUUCUUCUUUCAUUUUACUUGUCUUCUGCUAAAUUAAUCUGUGCUGCUUAUCAGGUUGCACAAAAAGAAGGGACGCAAACUGUCACGGUUUUUCAAGCAGAAUGUCAAAUGCCCAAAAUUGUAGAAUUAAUUCAACAAUUAAAUGUUGCCUUUGCUGUUGUACACGAUUUUUUGGCUAAUUUUAAUCUUUUAAUUGAUGCAAAGAAAUGA